GGACCGUCAAGAGAAUUUUUUUUUCCCCCUUUGCAGGAAAAAAUAUCAGGGAAAUAAAGAGCAGAUUGCGCGGUUAUAGGCGGUUAAGAGGGGACAUCAUGGACGUGUCUGGACACAGCCUUUUCCUCCUGCAGCAGCUUAAUGUCCAAAGGGAGUUUGGUUUCCUUUGUGACUGCACGGUUGCCAUUGGCAACGUGUACUUCAAGGCUCAUCGAGCAGUUCUGGCUGCCUUCUCCAACUACUUCAAGAUGAUCUUUAUCCAUCAGUCCAGUGAGUGUAUCAAGAUCCAGCCCACUGACAUCCAGCCAGACGUCUUCAGCUACCUGUUACACAUCAUGUACACUGGAAACGGCCCCAAGCAGCCGGUAGAUCAGGGUCGUUUACAGGAUGGGAUCAAGUUCCUCCAUGCGUACCAGCUGUGCAGCAAAGCAACCAACGGUGGGAAUGACGCCUCCCCAGAUGCCAUACGUAUCUCCAACCUGUACGGCAUCCAGAUCUCCUCCCAGCUAGGCACUAAAGAGUCGCCAGGCAUGAAGGCUAGUGGGGUGCGGGACCCAGAGGACCGUCGAUGUGGCUCGCGUGGACGUCCGCUUCCGGCUUUAACAGGGAUCGAAGGGCACACGUCAGAGCACCAGUCACUCAGUCUGCGCGGCGUCACGUCAGGGGACGAGUGUGACAUCUUGGCACGGAUCAAACAGGAAGAGGAGGAGCCGGAUGAAGGUGAGGAGCCACGAGCUCCUGCGUCUCUGCCUUCGGCCCAAGGGAGCCCAUGCCAGGCUGGUGGAUUUAAGGAUGGCCCUCUGGCGCUGCUUUGUCCUCAGUGUGGAGAGCGAUGCCUCUCUCCUGAAGGACUACAGGAACAUCUGUUCACUCAUGCAGCAUGUGCCCUCAUGGAAGGACCUUCUGAAGACAUCGUCAAAGGGCCAACAGAAGAACGACAGUGCCACGUGCUAGCAGACGAGCUAGCAUCAGAGAUAAGGCGAGGUAUGACAGGGACAGGAAGUCCACCUGCAGGCUUCACACGGAAAAGAAAGAUGGCGUGUGCAGUCUGCAACUUGCGCUUCUCGCAAAAGAGCCAGCUCCAGGAGCACAUGUUUGCCCACCUGGGCAAGCCACUGCGCCAGCAUCGAUACGCCCGCUUCGUUGGACCACUGAUCCAUCCCAGCGAGGGAACCUCGGAAUUAGACGAAGUAGCUCAGGAUAACGGAAGCUCGUGCUACUCGCUGGACUCAGAAGUCUCCCAUGAGAGCAUAGAUACCGUGGCAGUGGAAUGACAUCUUCUGCAACAUCAAGGACAUGGUCCAUGCAUUCCGGCGCAUUUUUAACACACCCUCGUAAAUUUCCACAGUACAUCCCUCAUGUCUAUGGAGUGACAUCGGCUUGCUAAUUACUCUGUUAUCUAGCUAGUAUUCGAAUUGUGGUCCUAGCUAGUUAAGUUUGAUUGAUAUAUAAAUUGGCUCAAGAAUUUUUAUUAAAUCUUUUCCCGCUAUUUAUACCCAUCAUCCAACAUCCAACAAUAAACUUUCACUGAUAAGUAAAAAACUGACAGAAUUUUAAGUUCAUAACAUCACUAGUCUCUUAAGCUAGCUAGCACACACACUUUUUUAUUGAUUAUGGUUUUACGCUGUAAGUGAGAGCUAAAGUAAUUUUAAGCAGUGAGAGCUAAAGCAAAUCUUGCCUAAAAAUCUGGAUUUUUUUAAAUUAUAUUUAUAAUCUUUACUUUAGUCAGCUAGCUAAAAUGAGAUUACCAAGCAGGUAUUCACAUGUUAAACAAUUUCCAGUGUUGGUGCUAGUCAACAUGCUAAUAGGAUUUUUAAGUAAUAUUCUUGACCUUUUCACCUGGCACGAUAUAGCUAGCAAAUAAUCAAAAUAGAAUUGCUGUGAGCAUUUUUAAAUACUAUUUAUAUUUUUUUACUGCUAACACAGAAGCAGGUAGCUAGCAUUAAACAAAAGGCUAAUACAUUCCACUGCUAAUAUCAGGUUAUCUCAUUUUAGGAAGAUGACCAGUAUUAGCUGUUAAAAUAUAUGAUCAAUGACCAGUGAAGGUAUAUUAUCACUAUUUAGGUCAUUAGCAAACUAGAUCCAGAAUAUAAAUUGAAAAUCCUGUUAGUAUGUGAACUUGCUAGCAAUAACUGUUUGACAUUUAUAGACAUUUAAAAACAAAUCUGUCAGAAAUCGUGUCAGAUUAGCUGCAACUAGCUGUCUUUUGUUACACCAAAUCUGGAUUAUGGAUUCUUAAAAAUAAUCACAAUAAUGAUUGACCUCCAGAGUAAUCUCCACGAUUAAGGCUAGUCUAUUUGCUAACACGAUAGCAUGACAAAUAAUAUUCAUAAUCUUUAUUUCUUAACUAUAGCCAGCUAGCAAAAAUGAGCUAACCUGACAGGAUUGUUUUUUAUAAAUAUCAGGGUAUAUCAAGGUAUAUUCUUGAUUUAGCACUAAUAAUUCUAUUUCCUUGAUUAUAGAUAAUACAUCUUUAUUACUAAUUUUUGUCAUCUAUCGUACCUGAGAGUAUUUUAUAUAGAAUGUGAUAUUUAAAUCCUUACUGCUAACAUAGUAGCAGGUAGCUAACCAUUAAAAAAGGUUAAAAAAAUGUUUAUAAUUAUAUAAACAUUAUAUGUUUUAUUAUAUGAUAAUACACUGGCACAAUUUUGACAAGGAGUUAAAUGUUUAUAAUUCCAUCUGAUAAUGAAAUACUGCUUGUUAGAGUUAAUCUGACAAUGUUAAUAAUGCUAAUAAUCCCAACUAUAAAUGCUAGUCAGUCAUCUUGGAUGCUAACCUUUCCUUCACAACAACCUGGUGAUAAUAUAGUUAUAUUUAUAACUUUCACUAGCGAUGCUAGGUACUUAGCCGCCAUGAGCUAACCCUGCCAUAUUUUUCAAUGUUUAGAAUCUCUACUAUGAUCGUUAGUCAGCCAGCUAACAUGCUAACCUGACAGAAUUUCUAAUUUCCUUUACAGCUAACACUUGGUAAUAAAGUUAUAUUAAUUAUUUUCACUGCCAAUGCUAGCAAACUAGCUUCCAAGAGCUGUCCUGACAAGAUUCCUGAGAGAAUAUUUAUAGGAUUUUAUAUCGUUUUUUUAUUUAUUUAUUAGCUGACAUCACACAUCCUGACUGAAAAGAUUUUUGAUAGGAUUUUUGACAGAUUUUUGACAGGAAGUUAUAACUGCUAAUAGUAAAUAGCUCGCUAAUACAUUGUGGGGAUAUUUGACUGCUAAUGGUGUAAAUGUUACUAAGAAGAAGAUAUUUUAGAAAUCUGAUGGGAAACUUUGCAACAGAAUAACAUAAAAAACAAAGCCAGGUUAAAGACUUUAUAUUAUUUAUAUUAUGGGAUUAUGAGGAUUAUGAGGAAACAGGAAAUUGACUGGGGUGUGUUUGAAGUGUUGCUGUAAAGCAGGACGGUGAAUAUUGUUUUAUCCUCAGACUUCUUUGUGUCUUGUCCUGUCUUUUAUGAGCCCCAUCAAUGUGUUUUUGUUCUGUGUGUUGAUGGGGUUUGGUGUCAGUGUGUGUUUUACAUCGUGCUUUGUGGAUUAAACCGAACGGCGCUGGACUCAGGCCUGACAGGUCGAUGCUACGAGUUUUCACUCCAAAGAAAAGAGAGAGUUUUCUUUUUUCUUCAGAAGAAAUGGGCAAACGACUGACUGCCAAUUGUGUAGAUGUUUUGAACUCAUUGGAAGAACUGCCACAUGUCCUCCAUCUGUUUAAUGAUUAUUUCAGUCACAAAUGGCAAAAAUUUCUUUUUUUUCUAUCAGCCCUAAAUUUUAAAAAUAAUGUAUGAAAGAUCACUUUCACGAAACGUUUUCAGAACGAAAAUACGUUGAUACUUUUUAUUUCACAGUUAAUGAACGGAAAACAUUUAGGAUUUAGGUUAACCAAAAAAAAAAACAAUUAGAGUAUGGAUAAUAAUAACAUAAGAAGAGGGGAAAGUGGGCGGGGCUUCGAAUGAGCCAAAUAUAUGUAAUGUAUUAUGGAGGAAAGUAAGCGGGGCUAAGGAUAAAUGAAAGUAUGUAAUUUAUUGUGAGAUUUAAAACGAUGGAAAGUGGGCGGGGCUUUUGGUGAAUCUAAAAUUUGUGAUUUAUUUAGAGGAAAAGGGUGCGGGGUUUCUGAUGAGCCUUAAAUAUGUAAUUAUUAUGAUGGAAAGUAGGUAUGGCUUUUGAUUAAUUUAAAGUGUGUGGUUUAAUAUGUAAAGGAUAAAUGUGUAAAUUGCACUAUUUAAUUUAAAAAUAGGCGGGGCUUCUGAUGAGUGUAAAGUACGCUAUAUUAUUAUGGAAAAUGGGGCAGGGCUUCUGAUGAGUGUAAAUUGCGCUAUUUAUUAUGGAAAAGGAGGCGGGGUUUUUGAUGAGUGUAAAGUACACCAUUUAUUAUGGAAAAUGGGGCAGGGUUUCGGAUGAGACAAAAAUAAGCCCCUCCCUUUUCCAUCAUAAUAAAUAACAUUUUGUCAGAAUUUUUUUGUCAAAAUUUUGGACUGAAGCAACAGAUUGAUUAUGAUGUUUCAAAUCAGUCACUUUAUAAAUUAUAAAUCAGCACUAAUAGUUAGACGUUGCAAUGUCUACAAUCAAAUCCUUCUUCACUGAGUGCGUUUUUAUGGUUCGUUUCCUUUUUUGUUACCCAGAAGCCCCGGUUUUGGACAUCGCAAACGAAACCCUGUUGUGUUUGUAGUAUUCAAGAAAACAUAGAAAACAAACAAACCAGCAUGGGAUCCAAUCGAAUUCAGUGCCUUAGACAUUUUUACAAUCGUGAAACUAAAAGCACUUCAUGACCGAUCAAGAAAAAAAAAACUGGUCCCACACUGAUCUUCAGAACUGAUGAAUCGUAACGAUUAAUAACUUCAAAUGAAUAACUUGAACUGAUCUCCCUUUUGUUCAGUGCAUGAGUGUCGUAUCGUUCAGUCCAGCGCCUGGUUUUAUCAGUAGAAUGUGUCAAAAAAUUGGUGCUUUAAGAAAAUUGUGUGCUCUGUAAUGGAAUGUAUUUUUCCUCAUGGUUCCUGAUGGAUUUUUGGAUAUUUUUUUUCAUCUAAACACGUGAAUGAAAAAUAAUUUUGAAUGGAAACUGGACGAGAUUUUAUUUUAAUAUUUAAUAAGGAUUUUGGGUUCACGCCACAAGCAGAACUGGAGCUACGUGGUCACUUCUGUGAGAAUGAAUGACUCAAGCAUCAUUAGGGUCAAAGGUCGCUAAUCAGUCAUCAUGGUCUGACCUUCCUGUCUGUGCCUCGGCAGGUGACGUGAAAAAUGUUUGUGGAAUUUAUUUUUUUUUUUUGGACAUAUCGAGGUAAAAUGCCAACUGUGCUGUGAAUAAAUGAAACUUGUAAAAAAUGUA